CUCUUCUCGUUUCUCGGCAUCGUGACCAACUUCAUCAACAUCAUGGUCUUUUUCCGACACGGAGUGACGUCAGACAGCCCGACCGUCGCAUUUUUCACCCUCUCCGUCUCAGAUGUCCUCGGCUGCAUCACCAUGCUCCCGGAGCCCAUUUGCUUCUACCUUGAGGACCACGUCAAGACGGACAACAUCUUUGUGAGAAACUGUUAUGAGCUCACCUUCUUGCCGGCCACGUACACGCACAUAAUUCUGUACAAGGUCACCAGUUUCGUCACUGUGUACAUGUCUGUCGAGCGCGCGAUCUGUGUCAUCUUCCCUCUGAAGGUCAGGCGCAUCAUUAAAGUUAAAAACACGGUGGUCAUUAUCGUGCUGAUAUGCGUGCUUACGGUCAUCUCCUACAUGCCUUACGCCGCCAAUGUGUUCAUUUUGUGGGUACCGGAUCCAAACAAUAAUGGAACUUUCAAGGCGAAAAACUACCUGACAGCGCUUGGCCAGAUUUUCACGACCAGCAACAGCAUCUUCCACUCGUUCUUUCUCACUACGGCUGCCCUGCUCAUCGUCACCAUAACAACGGUUGUCAUGGUGGCGCGUCUCAAGGCGUCGAUGAAAUGGCGUAAGCGAGCGAUAUCACCAGUCGCAACUUCCGGUUUGAGCAAUGGGAUUAACAACAGCAACACGAGAUCCACUGGGAGCGUUGAGACGGUCAAGAUUGUGACGGCGAUCACUGUUGUAUACCUCGUUUGCCUGACGUGCACCCACAUCCCUAACAUGGCCGCGGUGGCCAUCCCGGGAAUGACUGUCAAUGGCCACAACCGAUUCCUAAACGAGAUCCUCUACACCGUACGAUUUAAUUUCGACGUCUUCAGCUCGUCCGUUCAUCUGUUCUUUUACGUCAGAAUGAGCUCCAAAUACCGGAAAACCUUUCACAGCCUUUUUCAUAAACGCCAGAGAGGACGCCAUUGA